UUUUUUCAUUUUGCCUCUUCUUCUCUCCUUCAAGUUCAAGAUCUCUCUCUUUCUCUCUCGCAGAAGAAGAGAAACCCUAAAUCUCACCGGAAUAAAAGAACGCCGAGCCGGAGAUUUCCAAUUUCUUCGUGAACGAUGUCUUUCUCGUCGUCAUCGAGGAAACUAUCCCAGGAGAAUCCGAUCCCUCGUCCGAACUACUUAGCCAAGACUCGAACCUCCUCACUCCGCGAUGUUGGUAACCGUCGUGUUCCCCUUGGCGAAAUCACAAACCAGAAGCCUGGCUCGAAAAAUUCUUCAUCGUCUUCUACUCUGGUGCAUUGUUCGAAUAAGAUCGGCCAAUCGAAGAAAGCACCAAAGCCAAUCGCGAAAUCAAUCGCAAUCGUUCCUUACGAAGCCACUCAAUCAGAUCAGUUAAGAUCAUCCACUCAUGACUCUUUGGAGAAUCCCAAAGUUGAAUACAUGGUCGAGAGCAGUACUAUUGCUCUCCUGGAGUCAUCAAACACUGAUUUUGGGAAUGAUGAUAAGAUUGUGAACAUUGAUAGUAACUUGAUGGAUCCACAGCUUUGUGGUGUCUUUGCUUCUGAUAUCUACCAGCAUUUGCGUGUAUCCGAGUUAGAAAAAAGACCGGCUCUGGAUUACAUGGAAAGAAUGCAGCCAAACAUCAAUGCUAAUAUGCGUUCUAUACUGAUUGACUGGCUCGUGGAGGUUGCUGACGAGUAUCGGCUUUCGUCUGAGACGUUGUACUUGGCAGUGAACUAUAUAGAUCGGUAUCUUACGGGCAACGUAAUAGCCAGGCAAAAUCUACAGUUACUUGGUGUUGCCUGCAUGAUGAUUGCAACAAAAUACGAAGACGUGUGUGUGCCCCAAGUGGAGGAUUUUUGUUAUAUCACUGAUAACACAUACUCAAGAGACGAGCUUUUGGAGAUGGAGUCUUCUGUUCUGAACUACUUGAAGUUCGAAUUAACAACUCCAACAGCAAACUGUUUCUUGAGGCGCUUUCUUCGUGCUGCUCAAGGCGGAAAGGAGGUACCAUCACUGCUGUCCGAGUAUCUAGCCUGCUAUCUCACCGAAUUGUCGCUGUUAGAUUACGCUAUGCUACGAUACACUCCAUCACUCAUUGCAGCCUCUGCAGUUUUCUUGACACAACACAUACUACACCCUUCAAUAAAACCAUGGAACGCUACGUUAGAGCAUUACACAUCGUACAAGGCUACACAUAUGGAAGCAUGCGUGAAGGAUCUUCUUCAGCUGUGUCGUGGGAAUCCCUCAUCUGAUGUAGUUGCAAUCAGAAAGAAGUACAGUCAACACAAGUACAAGUUUGCAGCAAAAAAGCUUUGCCCCACAUCACUACCGCAAGAGCUAUUCCUUUGCUAGGCUUCUCAGUAUCUUCUUUUUUUCUUCCACUCUUGUCUUGUAGGUAUUGUUGAUAAAGUUCGGAGCUACGUAGUAUGUGUUCUGGGUAGUUCAACCUCCUUUGUUUGUUUGUUCUUUCUAGUAGGAAAAGAAGAUAAAAAAAAAAAAAAAAAAAAAANCAGUUGAUUAAUUCAGUCAAGUGUCAUAGUGUUUUUGGACGCAUUACUUUGACUCUCGUUUACUCGAAUAUAAUUUUUGUUUUGGACGCAUUAUUUGUGCUUCGUACGUUAAUCGAGUAAUCGAGUCAAAGAAACGCU